CAGGUAGAGACGCAGGGACGCAAAAUCGGUAUCCCUCGUUGCGCAGAAGGAUCGAAGGUGGCCUGGUUCGAGUUUUCGGACCUCUGCAACAAGGCCUUGGGGGCAGCUGAUUACCUUGCCAUCGGCCGCGCCUUCCACACUGUCUUCCUGGCAGACAUCCCCAAGCUCACAAUGCAAGAGAGGGAUCAAGUACGUAGGUUCAUCACCUUGAUUGACUCGCUUUACGAAUGUCAUACGAAGGUGGUGUGCACCGCAGAGCUGGAUCCAAUUCCCCUGUUUGACGUCUCUGAGGAGGAGCGCAAGACAUCAAUAGCAGAUGAGAUCUUUGCGUGGGACCGGACAGUAAGCCGGCUCAUGGAGAUGCAGUCGACGGCCUACAUGGCCACCGCUCCAACGACCGUCAAAAAGUGA